GGAAUUUUCUAUAUUGUUUUGAAUACUUCCUGCAGUUAGUUAGCGUGACUUGAUUCUCCCGAGAAGCCACUGCUACUUACUAGAAUGAAGCCUCGGACAUCACCAUUUAUCGAAUCUUUACCGCUGGUAAUGUUAAUAGCUCCUGCGUUGUUUUUUGUCCAGGCCUGUCCAUUCACAGGUCCUUCUCACACUAUGUGUAUCUACAAGCCAAUGGCGUGUCCGGGAAAGAAACUUCUUCGAAGUGGAGGGGUAACUAUGGAACAAAGACAUAUUAUUGUUCAUAUGCACAAUAAGUUUCGGGCUGUAGUCGCUAGAGGACAGGAACAUGGUUUGCCAGCAGCUAGUGACAUGCGUCAACUGAGCUGGGACGAAGAAUUGGCUGAAAUAGCCCAACGAUGGGCAGACCAGUGUAUGGAUGGACAUGAUCAAAACAGAAACGUCGAAAGGUUUGCAGUAGGCCAAAACGUAGCUAUCGCAUGGACGUUCAACAGGGAGGAUAACCUCAGAGACGAACCGGAUUGGGAGACUCAGGUUAAAGCUUGGUAUGACGAAUACAAGCGAGUUGGUUUCAACCGCAAUCAUCUUCAUCCUUUCAAGUUCAAAUACAGCGCUGGCCACUUUUCUCAGGUCGUUUGGGGAGACACUUACAAGGUUGGAUGCGGGUACACGUACUACUAUGAACGUAUCAGAGGCUUCUCAAAAAUAUAUGUAUGCAACUAUGGGCCUGGUGGAAAUGUUAUUGAUGGAACCAUGUAUCAACCCACACACAAGCCGCUGUGUAGCACCCAUGGUCUUAGACCGUCUGUCAAAUACUACGGCUUAUGCGAAGAGGACGAGGAUAAUCUACACGCUAUGAUUAUGAUGGUGAUGGCGAUGAUGCACGAAAUGACAACGAAUCCUCACUUCACGAACGUCUACUUAAAUGAUCAUUCACCUUCUUUUUCUUUUCACGGCUCCAGGUACCGACGAUCGCGAAAAGCCAAAUGAGGAA